AUGACCUCGUCCUUACAAUCUCCUCUUGAAGAUGGUCUCCCUGUGAUUGACAUUUCACAAUUUCCCCAGGAAAUUGACGGAGACAGUCUCCAAUAUCAUCCGGAGAUUGUCAAACUCGGAAAAGCUUGUGAAAAAUGGUGGAUUUUCAGGCUAAUGAAUCAUGGAGUUCCACAAGAUCUUCUGCAAAAUGUUUUGUCUGUUAGCCAGGAUCUGGUGUCGAUGUCCAUGGAGCUUAAAGACAGCGUCACAACUUCUAAUCCUGGGAGGAGUUACAAUCGUGCCCCCGGCGUUCAUUUAACUUGUGAAGUGAUAGGUGCUUUCAGAUUACUUCUGUCAGAUCUUGCACAGAGGAUUACCAAACUCAUUCUUGUGAGCCUGGGUUUGGACGCUGAAACUUUCUACCACUCUGAUUUCGAAGAAUGUACAGCCUGGUUGCGGAUAAACGAUUUCUCAUCUCAUGGAAGAGCAUGGGCCAAUGGUAGAUAUAGGUGUGCAGUUCACCGCGUGAAUUGUAAAGGGUGGCAGAAACGUUUAUCGGUUCCCCUUUUUUAUAGCUUUGCACGCAAUGCCCAGAUCUCGGUUCCAGAGGUGCUUGUGAGCGAAGAUAAUCCACGAGGAUAUAAGCCUUUUUACUUUCAGUGA